AUGGGUGCGGAUAUGCUUCGCGUUUCAGAAAAUGCGAAGUCUGAGGGCACGUUCCAGGUCACCAUGCUGCCCGGAGAUGGGGUGGGCCCAGAGCUCAUGCACGCCGUCAAGGAGGUGUUCAAGGCCGCCAGCGUGCCUGUGGUCUUUGAUGAGCAUCACCUGAGUGAGGUGCAGAACAUGGCGUCGGAAGAAAAACUGGAUCAGGUGGUUGACUCCAUGAAGGAAAGUAAAGUCGCCCUUAUAGGCAAGAUCCACACCCCCAUGGAGUACAAGGGAGAGCUGGCUUCUUACGACAUGAGGCUCAGGCGCAAAUUAGACUUGUUUGCGAAUGUUGUCCACGUGAAGAGCUUACCAGGCUAUAAAACACGCCACAACAACCUGGACCUCGUGAUCAUUCGUGAGCAGACGGAGGGGGAGUACAGCUCACUGGAACAUGAGAGCGCAAAGGGAGUCAUCGAGUGCCUGAAGAUCAUCACCCGGGCCAAGUCGCAGCGCAUUGCCAAGUUCGCCUUUGACUACGCCACCAAAAAAGGGCGCUCUAAGGUCACGGCUGUGCACAAAGCCAACAUCAUGAAAUUAGGCGAUGGGCUCUUCCUGCAGUGCUGUGAAGAAGUGGCAGAACUGUACCCCAAGAUCAAAUUUGACACCAUGAUCAUUGACAACUGCUGCAUGCAGCUGGUGCAGAACCCCUACCAGUUCGACGUCCUGGUCAUGCCGAACCUCUAUGGGAACAUCAUCGAUAAUCUGGCGGCUGGCUUGGUGGGUGGCGCCGGCGUGGUUCCCGGAGAGAGCUACAGCGCCGAGUACGCCGUGUUUGAGAUGGGCGCCCGCCACCCCUUCGCCCAGGCCGUGGGCAGGAACAUCGCCAAUCCCACUGCCAUGCUGCUCUCAGCCACCAACAUGCUGCGGCAUCUCAACUUGGAAUUUCACUCCAAUUUGAUCGCGGAUGCGGUGAAGAAGGUGAUCAAAGUCGGAAAAGUUCGGACACGGGACUUGGGCGGUUACUCCACCACUUCUGACUUCGUGAAGUCUGUGAUUGACAACCUGCACCCACACUAUAAAAAGGAAUUCUUCAGGGACUAUCUUAUCUGCACAGAGAAGCCAAUGUUACAAAGGCAG